GUGAUCGUGCACCCGGACUCCUUGCGUUCUCAUGCUGCGGCAAUGGUGCAGCUGAUGGAGUCAGCAGCCUAUGAGUGCUUCAUUCUCGCGCCCGAGAUGCUAGUACCUCUGAAAGGUCCCUGGCUCACAAACCUCUACGUUGCCACGAGCCACGCCUGGAACACCCUGUGCGCGCGCGAAGGCGACCCGCUGAUGCGAGAGAUCAUCAUGCUGUACAGCCGGGUGCCACGAGCAACGCAGUUCUCCUUGGCAGCCAUCGGGGUGGACGCCGGUCGCCAGGAGCACUCCGACGCGGCUCUUCGGAGGCGCGCAGUGGCCGCGGAGCGCUAUUUCCAGGCCAUGUAUGAGAAGACGCUACAGGACGGAUGGUCUGACCUGCCGCAUGUGCAGUUCAUGCGCGCUCGGCUCUAUCAGGCUGUCGGCAAGGUGGAACUGGCCAUGCCGAUCUACGAGGACCUGCAGAGGGAACCUUGUUGCCGAGAGCCGUCCACCUUCCAGGCGCAGAGGGAGUUUCAUCGGCUCUCGGACGACCUCCCUCGGAAGUACAUGAAGGAGGUUGGGUACAUGCUAGACAAGAGAAACCGCACCACGGGUGUGGCCGUCAACGAAAUGCAGGGUGGUAUGCUGCACGAGCUGGUGUGGUACCACAGGCGUCCCGGUUCGGGAGCCGCCUUCGACCAGGAGCACGCCUGCCAGGCACAAAGCUGGCUUCGGCCCUUGGCGCUGCUCGGUGAACCUCUGGCUGCUCUGGAUCUGGGCCUGAUGGCGGAGUUCGGCCUUUGUCAAGGAAGGAUGUCGCGACAAGGACUUGCGGAGGCCACCUCGUGGUAUCGCAUGGCCCGUGAGAAGGACCGUGUAGGUAUGGCCAUGGGCCGUUGGGGCUUGGAGGCACACAACUUCCUGGAAAUCGCGACGCGCGCGCUCCGAGAAGAGCAGAGAGCCAGGUAA